GUCAAAUCCAUUCAUAUGUCAUUUGUCAGUCACGGAACGGAAAAUGAUGCCGGCAAUGGCGAAAUUACAGUUUUGUGUUUUAUUUCUAGUUUAUAUCGCUACACAAUGCGGCAGUGUAAAUGUGGAUACAGUUUCUAGCGCAAUAAAUAUAAAGAAUGUUGACCGAACGAUCGAUAUCUCAUCUCAGCUCGUUAAAAUCACAUCAAAAGUAACCUUUGAGAACACAGGCAAGUCACCGGUUAAAACCUUCCUAUUAGCAGUAGAGAGCUCGAGCAAAGCGAAUUUAGCCUUUAUAGGUGCCAAGGAUGCCAAUAGUAAAGAUCUUCGUCUAGUGGAGACCACCGUGAAAGGUUAUGAAGAUGCCAAGUUUUGGCGUUUCGAGUUCAAAGAUUCCAUCAAUGCGGGUGCCACGGCGUCGGUAGUUGUCGAAACUGUGUACACUAAAGCACUAAAACCGUAUCCAACUUCGAUAACACAGCAAGAAGAGCAGUUAGUUAAAUACAUCGGAAACUUAUACUUCUACUCUCCAUACCCUGUGACAACACAGAAAACCAAUGUGAUUCUUAACACGAAAUCGGUAGAAAGCUUCACUAAAGUCAAACCAUUCUCGCAGUUAGACGGCACAAUUGCAUAUGGACCUUAUUCCAAUACUGCUGCGUUCACUGAGAAAGAACUGCUUGUGCAUUAUAAGAACAACUCUCCAUUCCUGACUGUGACACGGUUAGAGCGACUGAUCGAAGUUUCGCACUGGGGCAACAUAGCUGUUGAGGAAACAAUAGAAGUUGAACACACUGGUGCUAAGCUGAAAGGGCCGUUCUCCAGAUAUGACUACCAACAAGACCACCACAGCGGCCCAGCCAGUGUGCGAUCGUACAAGACAUUAUUACCAGCAUCAGCCUCAGAUGUCUACUACAGAGAUACCAACGGCAAUAUCUCUACCUCAAACAUGAGAGUUAAGAAAGACUCUGUCGAAUUAGAUUUAAGACCAAGGUACCCCUUAUUUGGUGGUUGGAGAACACACUACACUCUCGGAUACAAUGUCCCAAGUUAUGAAUACUUGUACUACUCUGGUAACUCAUAUUUAUUGAAGAUGCGAGUAGUUGACCAUGUGUUUGACGAUAUGCAAAUUGAUGAACUGGUCACAAAGAUUAUUCUGCCUGAAGGAUCGACAGAUAUUAAAGUAAACUUCCCAUAUGCAGUCACCAGGUUUCCAGACAGUUUACACUACACAUAUUUGGAUACUAAAGGUCGUCCCGUCAUAACUUUCAGUAAGAAAAACAUUGUGGAAAAUCACAUACAAGACUUCCAACUUCGUUACACAUUCCCUCGCAUCUUGAUGUUGCAGGAGCCACUAUUGGUUGUUGGCUUCCUUUACAUGCUGUUCUUGUGUGUUAUUAUUUAUGUUAGAUUAGAUUUCUCUAUUCAUAAGUCUGAACACCCUCACAAGGAUUAAGUUUAAAUGUAAUGGCUGGCUUAUAUUAUUCCAGUCCAGUAUCAACUAAAUUGCAAAGUAACUCCAGUAGUUUCUUUAAGCUCUGGAAUCUAAUCCAGUGAACAACCCAGUAACUUUUCAAUGUACCACAACUGGAAUUUGAUAAAUGCCCAGUCCAGUGUGAACAAUUCAUAGGACUAAUCACUUGUAAUUAGACACAUUACCAUCCAUUCCAGUCCAGCACUGGAAAGUAACCCACAUUUGCUGGAUUCAGUAUGUAUAAGUGGAAUAAUUUGAACCAGCCAUCAGAUCAAUUCUGAAGCAUGUAUUUGUGAUAGUUCACCAUUUUACUUUUAUCAAAUAAUUUAAUCUCUUCAGUCAUGUAUGUUUGAUUUGGAUUCAAGAAUAAUGUGAAGUGAUUCAGUGUGGAUUUGCAUUUAUAUUUUUUAACUAAACCUGCACUUAUUAUCUUUUAAUGUUGAGAAUAAAAUUAUCAUAUAAUUUGAA